CGCAUAUUUAGUGGCGUCAGCAGAGGCAAGAGAAUCAUGAGCCCGAUCGCAUUUCGCAAAGAUGAUGAAACAAGACACCGAUCCCCGACUGCAUAGCGAGUUGUCACCUCCACUGACGCUCGAUGAGAUAAUCGAAGAAGAGCACAUUACCACUGAAGAGCACACUCCCCCAAAUGGCGGCUACGGCUGGGUCUGUGUAGCAGCAUGCUUUACAAUAAAUUGCUUCACAUGGGGUACCGUAUCAGCCUAUGGCAUCUAUCUAUCGCACUACCUAGCCGACAACAUCUUCCCCGAAGCCUCUACCUGGGACUAUGCGUUCAUCGGCGGCUUCAACUUUGCCAUUGCUAUGCUCGUGGCACCUUUCGUGACAGUCUUCUGUCGUAGAUUCGGAACCCAUGUUGUCAUGUGCUGCGGCCUGGUCUUGCAGCUUGGCGGCUUCGUCGCUGCCUCAUUCGCAACUCGAAUCUGGCAGCUCCACCUCUCGCAAGGCGUUGUGAUCGGUUCCGGAAUUGGCUUUUUAUACAUCCCGUGUCUUCCUGUUCUAUCUCAAUGGUUUGAUCGGAAACGAAGCCUGGCCAACGGUAUCAGCGCAGCAGGGUCUGGGGUCGGCGGUGCAGCCUUCACUUGGGGUACCGAGGCGAUUAUUCAAAGAUUCAGCAUCAGUUGGGCGUUGCGAAUCACGGGCAUCAUCGCCUUCGUGGCCAAUCUCACCGCGACGGUCUUCAUACGCGACAGAAACAAGGCCAUUCGGCCAUCUCAACUAGGCUUUGAUACCAAGCUCCUACGACGGUACGACGUGGUACUGCUACUUGCAUGGGUCUUCAUCAGCAUGUUGGGAUACAUCGUCCUACUCUUCUCACUCUCCGAUUUUGCGCUAUCGAUAGGGCUUUCGCGAUCCCAAGCUACCGAUAUCAUCGGGCUUUUGAAUGUCGGAACUGCCGUUGGGCGUCCAAUCAUCGGUAUACUUAGUGAUCGUUGGAGUAGGAUAGAUACAGCAGGGGCGUUGACCUUGAUGUGCGGUAUUUCCUGCUUUGCGUUCUGGCUACCUGCCACAUCCUAUGCACUAAUGGUGUUCUUUGCAAUUCUCUGCGGCGCGAUUGUUGGUGUAUUUUGGAUGACAAUCGGCCCACUCUGCGUCGAAGUCGCGGGAAUCAAGAACCUGCAGUCGUUGCUCUCCCUAUCUUGGGCGGCAGUCAUUGUUCCAGCAAUAGUUUCCGAAGGAAUCGCAUUGAAGCUCAGACGGCCUUCGUCUUCACGUGAGUAUCUGUAUACUCAAGUCUUUGCAGGUCUUUCAUACGUGGUGGCUAGCGGAUUCAUAUUUCAGCUACGGAGGGUGAAACGUCGCGAGAAUGCCCUUGGCCGAUAGCAUGUUUACUU